UAGCUGCCCAAGAUCUAGUCUCUGGUGCUGGGACCCACGGCUGCGCCCCCGGGACCCCGAUGUUUUGUGUGUGGGGGGCAUCGAGGCUAAAGUAUUCCCCUAUGAGGGGGUCCAUGUUCUGCAUUCUGGAUUUACCUGAUUAUUUUGUUCCUUUUUAAUCAUUUCGGGUAACCUUUGUCAGAAAGGAUGGAGUUGGGCAAAGGAAAAUUGCUCAGGACUGGAUUGAACGUUUUGAAUCAAGCCAUCCACCCAAGCCACGGCCUUGCCUGGACGGAUGGGAGCCAAGUUGUCCUGACUGACUUGCAGCUUCACAGCGGAGAGGCCAAGUUUGGGGAAUCCAAAGUUCUUGGUCAAUUUGAACAUGUCUGCGGGCUUUCCUGGGCCCCGCCGGGCCUGGCCGAUGUGCCGGGUCUGCUCGCUAUCCAGCACAAGAAGCAUGUCACUGUGUGGCAGCUGGGUGUCCGUCCUACAGGCGCAGGCCACAGGCCAAUGUCUCAGAUUUCCGAGAUUAGAGAACCACUCCCCAUCCUUCCCCAGGGCUGCGUGUGGCACCCUAAAAACACCGUCUUGGUGGUGCUGACUGCGCAGGAUAUCUCUGUGUUCACCAACAUUCACACCCCUAAUGGUUCCCGGAUAAAAGUGGACGUGGACACCCAGGGCCGCAUUCACUGCGCAUGUUGGACCCGGGACGGGCAGAGGCUGGUGGUGGCUGUGGGCAGCAGCCUUCAUUCCUACAUUUGGGACAGUUAUCAGAAGACGCUUGAUAAGUGCACCUUCUGCCCGGUGUUCAAUGUGGACAGCACUGUGUGCUCCCUCCGAGCCACUGUGGACUCCCAGGUCGCUGUGACCACUGAGCUGCCACUGGAUAAGAUCUGUGGCCUGAAUGCGGCCGAAACCCUUGAUGUUCCCUCCCCCAGCGAGGAUGCUGGUCUCCAUGUUCUUCCAGCCGCUGGUGAAAUGCCCUGUGCGGAGAAGGGAGCAACUACUUCUGAAACAAAAUUGGAAAGCUCGGUGUCUCCUUCUGACAUCUCAGUGUCUCCUACCUUUUCUGAUCCCCUGGAUCUCACUCAUAUACGUUUCAACCGGCCUCAGUCUGAAAGGAGUUCCCUUAUUUAUCUCUCAAAAAAAGACUACCUGACAGGAACAGGCCAGGAUUCUUCCCAUUUGGUCCUUGUGACCUUUAAGAAGGCAGUGACCAUGACCAGAAAAGUCACCAUCCCAGGCAUUCUGGUUCCUGAUCUAAUAGCAUUUAAUCUAAAAGCACAUAUAGUAGCAGUGGCUUCUAAUACGUGUAAUAUAAUUUUGAUCUAUUCUGUCAUUCCAUCUUCUAUGACAAACAUCCAGCAGAUUCAGUUAGAGAGCAAUGAAAGGCCAAAGGGCAUAUGUUUCUUGACAGACACAUUAUUGUUAAUUUUGGUAGGAAAACAGAAGGCCACUGAUACUGCAUUUCUUCCUUCUUCGGAGUCUGAUCAGUUUACCAUUCGCUUGAUUGUUAAAGAAGUGGUGUUGGAGAAUAUUGGCAGAGAAGAACCCUUAGUGGCAUCCAAUGAAAGUCAAAGUGCCUACUCUACUCUCAGUCCUCUGUUAAAUAAAUCCCAGAAAGAAAAGUUAAUUAAACAUCUUUCCCCAGACGUUUGUCACCAAAACACAGAGCCCUUAACCACAGCUCAUGCCAGUUACCAGAAGGCCAAGUGUGGAAGAACCCUUGUUAAAGAAGUCACGAGUCCCCUCUCCGCCGUCUCUGAGGAGUCCAGCGCUCUGGAGACACUCCGGAAGUUCUCCUGGAUCUGGGCCACCCUGUCCAGACCCGGCAGAUCACCAGACCACACCAGCACCCCAGAACCUCCUCAUGUGCCUCCAAAAGAGAACUUACAAAAGGAAAAGGAAACACAUCAGCUCUCCAAGGAACUGGAAGUUUUAUCGAAGAAUCUGACGGAAAUGCAGCAGUGUAUUUUUGAAGUUGUGGACUUCAUACAUGAAUACAUGAGUACCAAGAAGAAAUCCUCUCCAGAGUACCCACUUUCUCAGGAUCCCCCUUACGUUCACAUCAUUUACCAGAAGCCUUGUUUUGUCGGUCCUGCUGAGAAAAGAGCAGUGCUCCUCUGCCAUGGCAAACUGAGACUCAGCACGGUGCAACAGCUGUUUGGCCUCUCCCUCGUUGAGAUGCUGCAUGAUUCCCACUGGAUUCUCCUCUGUGCUGACAGCGAAGGCUUCAUCCCGUUGACUUUCUCAGCCACCCAGGCAGUUGUCAUCAGAGAUGGCAGCCUGUUCAGGCCAGAUGACUCCAGAGACUCUCUUUCUCACAGCCAGGAUCCUUCACUUCAGAUCCUUCAGGUCUUUGGAGACCUGACUACCCCGAGUUGAGCUAGCCCUGGCCGUUCUAAUUAUUUAGACAGAGGAUUUCCUUUGCAACUACAAACCUCACCAGUAAGCUUGGAACCCUGGGCUCUCCCUGGUGGGGUUUGCACAGUCACUCAGGUGAGGCAUACUGCUGGCCAGCUCAUCUUUGUUUGGUGACUCCAUAAAAGUGAUUAUUUGCUUAUAUGUUUAUGGCUGUGAUUUUAUAUAAGGGCCGAAUUCCUAGAACAAAACAAUGCUGUGGAUCUGUGUGGAUUCGUUUUAGUGGUUUCUCUGACGCUCUGUCGCCCCUGCCUGAAGCUGGGUUAAAACCGUCCAGGGGCACUUAGCAGGCAGGUACGUUGGCUUGAGCCUGUGCUGCGGUGUGACCUUUCACCCUCCAGCCAGCAGGCAUGCGCGGAGUGCAUCAGGCCUCAGCUCUCCCUCCGCUCGCUCCCAGCACCACCGGCAUCAGGGGUGAGUGCUGCUGUUGGUCUUUUCCUCCGCGAUUUGAGCCCUCUUACUUCCUUAUGCAGUUCUGGCCAACAGAGGUCCAGAUCCUGUAAAACACUGGCCCUAGGUCAAUUCUGCAUGCAAUUUCAAGUGAUUUGACCCCCUUGGGUUCCACCGGGGCCUGUACUAAUGCUAGGAGACAAUGCCAAGGCCCAAGGCACCGACCCGUGCUGUUGCCCCUCGUGAUUUUCAUCCUGAAGGUGGUUGUUUCAUUUCAUAGUUUGGGGAUCAUAAACAUUUACUGUUCUCCCCACACCCCAUUCCGCAGUAAGCCUCUUCUGUCUUGUCUGUCUGUCUCUCAGUGUGGAGGGGGAAAAUUAGGGCCUUGUACAAGCUAGGGAAAUGCUCUACCACUGAGCUAUACCCACAGCCCAACUUGCCACUUUAAUUUUUGAUAUUUUUCUCUUAAAACCAGCUUACAGUCUGUGAGGGAAUUGUUUCAGAACGUUGAAAAUACCACUGAAUCCAAGCUAGUUCUGAAACAUCAGUUUACGACAUUUCUGAGUAAAACACCAGCUUAGCCAGAACAGGGGUAACCCCGAGUCCCCUCAGGUGGGCCUGAUACUUCCCAUCGCUUCCAGACAGCAUCAUGGAUUUCCGUUACUGCCGCCUAGCCGAUCGAUCCGGGAGCAGCAAGCUGGAGCACAUCUGCAGAUACCUUCUCUGAGCCAUAGAGACUCCAUUAGCAGAUAGAUUGUCCACCUUCCUUUAACAUUAUCCAGGAAGGAAAUAUUUGGUUCCCUUGGGGGCCCCUGUCUGUCUGUUACAGCUUAUGAAGAUGGAGCCAGGCUAGGAAAGCAGCAAGGAGCCAUUUUGUGGUUCAAAUGCAUUAGACAUCUGCUGGGGUAAUGGACGGGGAGGCCACUUGUCUGUAAUCAGUGGCUUGGGAGUGGCGACGGAAGACAGUCUGAGGUUUGUCUAAGGCUCCAUUUGUGAAGGAAGUGUCUGGGGUGUGAUGAAAUGACAACUAUUAAGAAGCCUAGAGAGGGGACUAAGAGACCCUUGAGUGAGAUCAAUGCGCGUGCCACAUGAUGUAUGUUACAACCACCUUCCUUAGGGCCAAAGCCUGUGAAUGUAUCUUCACAAAAUCAUUAAUGGAGGCUGAAGUUGCUGUGAAUGUUUUGAUGCCAUUUUCUUUGUGAUUAGUACUGGUUUAGAGAAAUGCUCUUGCUUUUACGGAUGUAGAAGUUGUCUGUAGUUCUUCUUCUGGUAGACACAAUCCAGAGUAAAUAUUGUUACAAAGUAAACUCUAAUUCCUUAACAACUUUCAUACAAGAAGGUAUUUCUUUGGCCUCUACUGUUACUAUGACUAUUGGAGCCAUAGUAACUAAUCCAGUAUUUGCAAUAAUUUUUUGGAAAGAAGCACUAACUCUUUAAACUGUCAUCUGAUGUUACAUUAAACAUAUUUUGCAUAAACAGAA